AUGGUGCGCAAGAUCCCGACGCAGGUGCCGCAGCAGAUGUCGCGCAUGCUCGAGUCGAAGCUCGUCCAGCAGCCGCCGACAUGGUGGGGAGCCGUGCUCGCGAACCCGCCCCCGGUGCUGCCUCCGCGCCAGGUCACGCCGCGGAACCGGCCAGACGCAACGCUGAAGCAGUACCCGGACCUGGAGGAGGCGCACUUUGCGCAGCACCACGGGCGCCCGCACUCCAAGAACCACAAGCAGAAGCACCUGAAGGAGAUCAAGCCGAAGCCGGUGCAGAUCUCGUACGCGAUCGACAAGAUUAGGCGGCAGUUCUUUGCCGACUUCCCGUUCGAGGCGCUCCGGCCCACGUCUAUCUCGGAGGGCAUUGACAUUGCCGACGAGAACCCCGUCCAGGGCAAGAACUGGACCAAGCUCGUCCAGCGCGGCCGCUACCCGACUGUCGAGGACACGAUCCAGUUCGCUCAGAAGCUUCACGCCGAGGACGGCAUGGCGCUCCAGCUCGCUUAUGACGAGGCCGUGUCCCAGUUCUGCCAGCUGCGCGCGCACCACGAGAUGGCCAGCCAGGCCGCCGAGACCGAGGCGCGCCACUACGGCGCUCACUUCAAGCGUGACGAAUCUGACCUCCAGACCCGUACGUUCGACAAGGAGCGUAGCGCGCUUGCCCGCACAGCGAUCGAGCAGUCGGACGACCCCAACGCCGCCGCCGGCAACACGGGUCUCAAGUGGAUCCGCAAGCCCAAGGUCUGGGCCAGCGACGUCCCCGCCGGCACCAUUCCCGUCGGAGAGUUCACCGGCGCCAAGACGUAUGUCGCCAAGUGGUCUCUCCCCGCCCCGGCGCGCUGGGCGGGUGCCAACACUGAGGAGCCGAAGGGAGAGCUCCUCAAGCUCCUCGGCCGCAAGGCCCGCGCCCCGCCCCCGCCGAAGGCUGACGGUGAGAUGGACGACGCCCAGCUCCUGGCGGCUAUCAGGGGGAAGCAGUAG